AUGAAGGACGACUUAAUACGGCGAUAUGCAAGAGGUGUCGUUAUUCCCUCAGGCAGAUCUCAUGUGACUUUCAACAUCGACCAAUACAAGGAUAUUACGACACAAAUAAUGCAGAGAUAUGACAAGGAUACAUAUUCACAUACCUUCGGUGCUGUCUUCGGGCCUGGUGCCACUAUCCUUAGUGGUCCAUAUUCAUACGUGAUUGUGGUCGUCGCGUCACUUAAUGGGGCUAUGUAUAAGGUCAAUGGACAAGACCCGCAAUCUUGUAAUCUGAUACACGCUCAGCGUGUCGAAUGCACCAUCCAGGUAGCUUCUGGGCAGCUCGUGGCUAUAGUGUUUGCUUGGAGGUCGUAG